AUGUCGAAAUCUAGCCUGCAUUCGGGCUCACUCGGAAACCUUUCCUUGCCCCAUAAAAACCUUUACAUCACUCCAUCACCAAAAAGUCCAUUGACAACACAAGAACUUGACAACAAUAUAUUUGAUUUAGAUCAAACCAGCCCUCUAGCCGCCGACACUUAUGAGCAGUUGUAUCGUGAUGCCUUUGAUAUGCAAAGAAACAAAACGCAUUGCCAAGAAUCAAAAAUCGACUCUGAGCUACGUUCUCUUGCGACAGGAGAUUAUGCCAAAGGAGAUAAAACUACCAAAAAAAAUCUGAUUAUGAUUGAUACAAUGGAAACACCAAGUUGCACCACUCCUAAAACUCCUACUCCUAGAACGCCUACUCCUAAGAAAUUGAACCAAUCUUUAAGUAUUAAAAGUGUAUCUUCUCCAAGAUCUCCUAUGAUCCCAAAGCCAACAACAAGAAGUAAGUCUUUCCAUGACAACAACUUACCUCUCGGGAGUCCUAGAGUGGCCGAAAAGAAUUUUCCCCAAUUAGGAUCACCAAAAGGAAAAGAAGAUCCACAUUAUCUUGGGCCUUACUUACUCAAGCAAACUAGGGAGUUGUUGGCGUCGGGUGAAGAUCCAAAGAAAGCUCUUGAAUUGGGUAUAAGAGCAAUGAAAGCGUUUGAGAGCAGUCGGUUUCAGAAGCCCAGUUUGGACUAUGUCAUGUGUUUGCAUAUUGUAGCAGCAUUGUAUUGUGGUUUAGGGCAGUAUGGUGAUGCCAUUCCACUUCUAGAACGUUCUAUCGAGAUACCAAGCAUGGGUGAAGGCCAUAAAACCUCAUUAGCUAAGUUUGCUGGAUGUAUGCAGUUAGGUGACACAUACGCGAUGCUUGGAUAUAUUGAAAAUUCCAUACUGUGUUAUACAGCAGGUUUAGGAAUCCAAAGACAGGUUUUGGGUGUAAACGAUCCAAGAUUUGGAGAAACUUGUAGGUAUGUAGCCGAGGCUCAUGUUCAAGCAUUGGAAUUCGAUGAGGCCAAGAAGUUAUGUCAAAUGGCUCUUGAGAUACACAAAGCAAAUGGUUCAACCGCUUCUGUUGAAGAAGCAGCAGAUAGAAGAUUAAUGGGGCUUGUUUGUGAUGCCAAGGGUGAAUUUGAAGCCGCACUUGAACACUAUGUUUUAGCCAGUAUAACCAUGUCUGCAGCCGGUCAAGAUUCUGAUGUUGCUGCUAUUGAUCUUUGUAUCGGUGAUGCUUAUCUAUCUUUGGCUCGUUAUGAUGAAUCAGUUUUUGCUUAUCAAAAAGCACUCAAUGUGUUCAAGGCAACUAAAGGAGACAACCAUCCAUCGGUUGCUUCUGUUUUUGUCCGUUUGGCUGAACUCUACAACAAAAUGGGAAAGUUCCGUGAAUCUAAAUCAUAUUGUGGAAACGCACUACGGAUCUAUGAGAAGCCAAUGCCAGGAAGCCCGAAUGAUGAAAUUGGUAACGGGUUCAUUGAAGUUGCUGCUAUUUAUGAAUCCAUGAAUGAACUUAGUGCAGCCAUUAACUUACUCAAAAAGGCACUCAAAGUAUUCGGAAAGGCUCAAGGUCAGCUGAGCACGGUCGCAGGAGUAGAGGCUCAAAUGGGUGUUUUGUAUUACAUGAUGGGAAACUACUCUGACUCAUAUGAUUAUUUCAAGGUUGCCGUUUCAAAACUUAGAGUGGUGGCAGAGAAGAAAUCAGCUUUAUUUGGUAAUGUUUUGAACCAAAUGGGCCUGGCUUGUGUUCAAAUCGACUUGUUAGAUGAGGCUGCUGAUCUUUUUGAAGAAGCAAAGGGUGUUUUGGAAGUGGAAUACGGUCCUCAUCAUCCAGACACACUUGGUGUUUAUAGCAAUCUUGCAGGAACUUAUGAUGCAAUGGGAAGAUGGGAAGAUGCAAUUGAUAUACUUGAAUACGUAGUUGGAAUGAGAGAAGAGAAGCUUGGAACAGCAAGUUCGGAUGUGGAUGAUGAGAAAAGAAGACUAGCCCUGUUACUGAAAGAUGCAGGCCGGCGUAGAAGCAAGAAAUCGUUGUCACUUGAAUUCCUACUUGAUGGUUAAACACACACAUUUAUCUCUCUUUAUUUAAAAAACAAUCCUCUUAUAUGAUAUCAAGAAAAUCGAAAUGUAUGAAAUGCUCUUGGGAAGAUAUGCUUCAUUUUCUGUAUAUCCUUCGGGCAGGGUUGAUUAGGCAGACUACUAAUUAACUACAGUUGGAGCUUCAUUUUUGUUGUAUUCAUUUUUCAAAGGUUAUGAUCACAUUUGUGUGACAAUAUAUAUGUAUGCUGCCAAUGAAUUACGUUGUAAACAUAUGAUGAAUAGCAAAAACUUGAAG